AUGGCGCCUACUGGCCUAGCCUCCCAGCUUCAGCAACUUCAGGUACAGUUGAACACGCUCCUGCAAGAGUACACGAGCAGGGCGUCUACCUAUGACACUACCGCAGAGGAGGGCCAACGAUCCAGAUUAGCCCUCAUCCUUGGGCAGAUGCUGUCCAUCGUCAAGGACCCUGCCGACCAGGCUGUCGACAUGACCAUCCAAGGCACAAUUUUCGUUGCCACGCGGCUCUUCAGCCAGUGGGGUGCAUGGGAUCUCAUUCCUGCCCGCAGCACCAAAAUUGCUACGAUAUCGUAUGCGGAGCUGGCUUCUAAGCUCGACGCUGAGGAGUCUUUGAUAAGGCGUAUCGGCGGCGUCCUCGUCUCUCAGGGGGUGCUGGAUCAGAUUGGCGCAGACCAAAUCGCUCAUACGCCCAAGUCACUCGUUUUUCUGGAGGGUCAGACUCAAAGACUUGGUUGUCAGCUGUGCUGGGAAAUGUCCCUGACUCCUUACAUUUCCAUGCCCGAGUACUUUGAGAAGUAUGGCCGUAAGGAGCCACAAACGAUCAAUCACGUCCCCGCCACCUUUGCCUAUGGGUGCGCUGAAUUGAGCGUCUACGAGAUGAUCGGCCGCGACCCUGCGUGGGCCAAGCGAUUCUCGAAGCAGAUGGAGGCUAUGGAGGUUAAGAUGCCCAUCGCCGGCAUCUACGACUUCAGCUGGCUUGUUGAGCGCCUCAAAAACGAGCCUGCCAAGUCCAAAGGCCGCGCUGUGUUUGUCGACAUUGGAGGCGGCAUCGGACAGGCCAUCAAGGCCAUCAUGGCCGAGAAUCCCAGCCUACCUCCCAGCCGCUUUGUGCUGCAGGACCGACAAGAAAUUAUCAAUGGCGAGGUAGUGGCCAAAGACGCAGAGCUUCGCGACAUCGCCAAGAUAGCGGUUGAUUUUCACAAAGAACAGCCCACCAAAGACCGAGUUGUCAGCAACAUGCUUCGUGUGGUGGCCGGGAGCAUGGCCGAGGACAGCAGGCUGUUGAUCCAGGAGGAUGUGAUGGAUAACCCGCCACAAGUCCUGGCCGCGACAAUGGACGUUCUCAUGCUUGGCUUGGGAGGUAAGCAGCGAACAUUAAGCUGCUGGAAAGAGGUAGCCUCCGUGGCAGGUCUCGAGAUCACUAGAGUUUCAAAGGGACAGGGCCCGUGGACUUCGCUUGGUGUUCUUGAAUGUCGCAAAAAAGGAGUUAAACCUGUCUAA